AUGCAUUGUGAUUCUUUUCAGUUUGAAUGGGCUUGGCAGCAUCCCCAUUCAUCUCGCAGGCUGACUCAUGUAUCCAGGAAGACCAAAAAGGAAUCCAGUUUUCAGUUCCAUCUCCGGGUCAUGUCUAACAUGUUGCGUGCAGCUCCCUGGUGCCGCCUGCCCCUUACUGUUCGGUGGCUGAAACAGGAAUACCGGCAAGACUUUGCUCCCCACUUAGAGCCUCCAAUACACAUGCCUAUUGUGUUUGGACAGGUUAGAGCAAAAGCCCCUCUCCGUGCAAAGGAAAAGCAAAAAGUGAAGGAAAAUAGUGAAGGCUUUUUGGGAGAGACUGGACUAUCAUUCUCCUCGCAAUCUGCUGUCACAAAACAAAGAUGCAAACUCUGCUUCAAGAAAUUUGUGAGUGAGGUGGGGAUGCUGCAGUGUUUCCAUCCUGGCUGCGUUAUGAGUGCCCACAUUAUCUGCCUGGCGAGAGAAUUUCUCCGAAAGGAGCCAGGCCAACUGCUUCCCAUCGAAGGACAGUGUCCAGGCUGCAAGAACAAUGUGCUUUGGGGAAGCUUGAUUCGUUUCAAAAAAGGUUGCUAUGGUGAUUUGGAAGAUAUUGUAUCAUCCUCACAUAGCCACUGGGCUGAUGAACUGAAUCUCUGAGAAGAAAUCCCUGACUCCUGGAAGCUGCAAGAACUAUUGGCAUUCUGAAAUGGAUUUUGUGUGUCUGUGUCUGUGUGUGUAAAUAGCAUUGCUAAAAUGAAAUAAAGAAAUUCCAGGUUAGCAGUGCACAGAAUUGCUGUUGCAUCCAGAACGUCUUGGAUGCAGCAGUGAUGGGCACUGAUUUAUCAGCGUUAGGAUUGCCUCUUAGCAGAGAUUCCCAUUAAUAAAUUCUGCAUCAGAAUUUUGAAUCUUUCACAACUUUGACAUUGUUAUACACUCCAUUUCAAAUAUUAAUCAGAGGAUCUUCAUUGACAGAUGCUUGAAAUACCUUAGCUUUUUAUUACAAAUGAAAUGGUUAUUUAGAUUGGGUUGGUGUUUGACUGAAAUGUUUGCUAUCCAUUGUGACAUGAAAUGAAAUUAAGAAUUUUAUAUACCUUUAAAGAAAUUAUUUGUGGUAAUGUUUUGAGCUGGACUGUGGCAUGAAACAGGAGUAUGAGCUGCAGUCAAGCUGUAGUUUCAUCAAAGGAGCAUGUUUUGUUGACACCAGUUAUUGCUGGAUCCCAUCUCAAUGAAAAUAUUUUGCCAAAAUCACUUUCAACAGCAGUGAAGAAUUCCCUUUUCUCCACUGUUGUGUGACAUUUGAGUAGGAGUAUUUUAAGUUCAAGGGGUGGGUGUGCGGGGCUGCAUGAAGGCAAGCCCCAUGUACAAUUUAUUUUUAGGUCCACUGAAAGUGAUUUUCAUCAAAAUAUUUUCACUGAAACGUGAUUCAGUUUAAGUGUUAUUGAUUUAUCAACACAAAUCUUUUCAGCAGUAUCUGGAAGGAGACUGGAUGUCACUAUUUGCAUUCAGCCUAGGGAUGAAGACCAGCUUUUAAGGCCCUUGCCAAAGCUGAAAGGGAUUCUGAUUACCUUUACUAGCUUAUGAUUGGGUCAAACAGGUCUUUGGAUUACCAGAGAUGGCAUUUUAUUCCCCACAAGACUGCUAAAAUUAUGGAUUUACAUGUGUGUGGGCAGUCGGAACUAGCUGAAGUGAAGCAGUAUAACCUGAUUAUUUGAAACAGUAAAGGAACACAAACCUUUUGUCCAGAUGAAAACAGUCUUCAUUCAUAACUUCAACAUAGGAACAGUGCUAGACAAGAGAUCACAAGAACCUUGAGAUGCCUAGCCAUAUCUACUUUUAUUUAAGCAGACACACUUAAAGUUCUCUGGACAUCCUUUACAAGCACUUGUGUGCUCACCAAGUUGGGUCAUUACUUGCAUAAUAAUAAUUUGACAGUGAAUCAUAAAAGUACUGAAUUAGUUUUGGCUAAAUUAAACCAAUCAAAUGUUAGCAUAUUGAGCACACGCAAACACAUUUUUUGGUGUCAACAUGGAGUUCGUUUUGCUGAAGAGUUUUAAUUUGCCUGUAAAUUUAAGAAGCUUGUGAACCUGACUUUCAGGAGAGUUUAUAUAACAGCAUGUUGCAAUUUGUGAUUCAUUAUAUCACUGAAAAUCUGUCUUCCAGCUUUAGAUAUAUAUGCAGUAGGUAUGACUCAACAGUUUGCUCAACGUAGAGUGAAAAUUACAUUUCUGGUAUAUCCACUUAAGAUAUAUUCAUGCAGAAGGUUCUAAUGUGCUUAUUUAAAUUUUAUAAAUGGUAAUACCUAGGUUGUUGUGCAAUACGGCAGUUGAUACACAUGACAACACAGCUCAAGUGAAUGUUUUAUGUAAUUUAUUGCACAGCAGUUCACUUUGCAUUGCAUUUUUGUUGCUAAAAUUACUUUUUUUGCUUACAAAUCCAUUUGGAAUGAUCACGUACAGGAAUGAGCAUUUUUUAUUUUUAGACUGGUUUUUCAAGUAUUCUUGUCUAAGCUUCAUUAAAAACAUUUCUAGAUUGGUA